AAUAGCACAACAAAAAAGCUUAUCCAUGAUUUCUCCCUCUUCUCCUUCCUCCUCUCUUUCUUCCUGGCUGAAGUGGUGAGAGCCAUGGAUGGAACCCUGCAAAUUUUCUGCACAAAUUUCAAAGUACCCACCUCCAUUAAAAUGCCCCUCUUUUCUAUCCACCUUCCUUCUCCCUUUCUCUCUCCUCAUUUUCUCUCUCUUCCCCAAAACCCCACCUCCUCUUUUUCUUCAUACCUUUCUAUGCCAUCUCGCUUCCCUCCUUUUGUUCAAUUUGCAACGCCAGAUAGUCAAUUGAGCAUUGAGGUCGGCACUGAAACCAGUGAGUGGGCAAUGCAAGAUUUCUAUAUGUUAAGAAAAGAGGUAGAAAAUACAAGUAAACGUGUGCAAGAGAUUGUAGUCUCUGCUGGAUUGCAACACUUGGAAAGAGAGCUUGCAGCAUUAGAGUCCAAAUCAGCUGAUAGCACUUUGUGGGAUGACCGUGCUAAGGCCCAAGAAACUCUUUCGGCUCUCACUGAUGUCAAAGAUAAACUUAAACUUCUCAAAGAUUUCCAAACACAGGUUGAAGAGGCAGAAACGAUAGUUAAUCUUACUGAAGAGAUGGAUUCUACUGAUACUGCACUUCUUCAAGAAGCUGCUGGCAUUAUUAAGGAGUUGAACAAAGCACUUGAUCGUUUUGAGUUGACAGAGCUUCUUUCUGGUCCUUAUGACAAAGAGGGUGCUGUUAUUACUAUCUCAGCUGGUGCUGGUGGGACUGAUGCUCAGGAUUGGGCUGAUAUGCUUCUCAGGAUGUAUAUGAGAUGGGCGGAAAAACAGAAGUAUAAGGCUAGAGUGGUUGAUAAAUCAUUGGGAGAAGAAGCAGGGAUUAAAUCUGCAACACUUGAGGUUGACGGUCGUUAUGCUUAUGGUUAUCUUUCUGGAGAAAAGGGCACACAUCGUAUUGUGCGGCAGUCACCUUUUAAUUCCAAGGGUCUUCGGCAGACUAGCUUUUCUGGUGUUGAAGUCAUGCCUCUUCUUCCAGAAGAGUCACUAAAUGUUGAUAUACCUGAAGAAGAUUUGGAAAUAAGUUUCACUAGGGCUGGUGGAAAAGGAGGUCAAAAUGUAAACAAGGUUGAAACAGCUGUUAGAAUCACUCACAUUCCCACUGGUGUGGCAGUCCGAUGCUCAGAGGAGAGAUCCCAAAUACAAAACAAAGUAAAGGCUCUGAAUCGAUUGAAAGCCAAACUUUUGGUCAUUGCUGAGGAGCAAAGGGCGUCUGAGAUCAAGCAGAUCAGGGGAGAUGCUGUGAAGGCAGAGUGGGGCCAGCAAAUACGGAAUUAUGUAUUCCACCCUUACAAGCUUGUGAAAGAUGUGCGUACAACUUACGAAACUUCAGAUAUCACCUCAGUAAUGGAUGGUGAUUUAGAUCCAUUCAUUAAGUCUUACUUGAAAUUUAAGUACACUCAGAUGCUUUCAACUAGUAGUUAAAGAUAAUUUUGUGUACUUGCUGAUUUGUGGUAGCACGGUUGUCACCUGAUGAAUUUUGUAUAACAAGUAGUUGGAUGCAAAACUUAAUGAUUAUUUAUAUAUAUAUAUAAUAUCUUAUAUCUUCUGCAGA